AUGACGACAUCUGUAGAUGAAGAAAGCGAGCUUGAGUCCGACGGCGAGGAGUCGGACCUCGACUCGUCCCUAGGCGCCGAGGUGCAACCUUCCACCAUGUCCUUGCGCAGUAGCAUACUACGUUACCGAGAGGAGAAUGGCCGCACAUACCACGCCUACAAGGAUGGCGCCUAUCUCUUUCCAAACGACGACCUCGAACUCGACCGCUUAGACCUCCAGCAUAACCUAUGUCUUCUCACCCUCGGCGACAAGCUGCACCUGUCCCCGUUGAGUAAAGACAGGCCGCCGCAACGGGUUUUAGAUGUCGGCACCGGAACAGGGAUCUGGGCGAUUGACUUUGCGGACGAGAACCCCGGCUCGACCAUCAUUGGCGUGGAUCUGAGCCCGGUGCAGCCGUCAUACGUACCGCCCAACGUCUACUUCCAGAUCGAUGAUAUCGAAGACGAACCUUGGUCGUUUUCGCAAAAGUUUGAUUUUAUCUACAGCCGGAUGAACACGGGCGGGAUCAGGGAUUUUCCCAAGUUAUUCCGGCAGUCGUUCACAAAUCUAAAUCCGGGAGGCUGGUUCGAGUGUGCCGACGGAGCGCAAGCCAUGUCUGAUGAUGGCACACUGACAAAAGAGUCAGCGCUGUAUCAAUGGAACCAGUUUCUUUUCCAAGGGACAGGAGAGCGGGGGACACCAUUUGGCGGAGCAACACAUUACAAGCGACAACUUCGAGAGGCAGGGUUCGUGAAUGUGAAGGAAGUUAUCUUCAAAUGGCCGACAAACAGAUGGGCGAAACACCCAAGGCACAAGGAGCUUGGUUCAUGGAACCACGAGAAUGUGAUGAUGGGGCUGGAGGGUCUCAGUGUUGGACUAUUUACCCGGGUCCUCGGAUGGUCAAGAGAGAGCGUUGAUGUUUUCCUUGCGGAAGUCCGAAAUGAUUUGAACAAUACGGCGAUUCAUGCAUACUGGCCAAUUCAUGUCGUAUACGGACAAAAGCCAUUAUAG